CCCGCGCCUCACGUCCCGGGAUAGCCGCUCCCUCCGCCUCAGGUCCCGGGACAGCCGCUCCCGCCGCCCCCCGCUUCAUGUCAAAAUGAUAUGUGGAUAGAAAAAGAACUCUAUAACUCGCAGAGUAGUUAUAUGAGCAGGUAUGAAUUUAUUUAGCACUGAGGCUCAUGGGGGAUAUCUCCUCCAAAAAGCAUGCACACCUUUUUAGGUUUGGCUUUCUCCUUUUAUCCUUUACAAACUAGGGUUGCCCAAUACGCUUAAUACAUAUUCAUUUCCUAACCCCGCCUGUCCUUGCUUCAUAUUACAAUUAGCUCCACGCCCCUUUGCAGCUGCACACUGGUCGUUUCUGGUCAGUUCAGUGGUCGUUUGGGGGGGUCUUUGAGAUGAGCUCAGCAAUUUUCUCCUUAGCUGGACUCUUGUCUUUUCGCACGUGCCUCUUUCAGUCUUUUGACCACCUUUUAGACUUUGAAUCCGUUCCUUCUGGCUUAGGGAUCCAAGGAGUCUCCUUAUCCUGUGGUGCCUCAGUCUUUGCAUCUUGUUUGUGUGUUCUAGCUCUUUAUCUUAUCUUGCAGUCUGACACUUGUCCUGUUCUUGUGGAGUAGGGUAUGUUUUUUGUCAACUCCGCCCUUCUUUUAGCCAAGCAUUUCUUUAUAUUUAAUUCGUAAUUUCUACAUUUCAACGGGACAGCCUCUCUCCUCCGUUGAGCGCUUGGCAACCGGCACAACGAACGAUGUGUGCGGGAAGAUGCCGGUUGGUGUCCAGGCGCUGGAAAGCGCGAGGGCUGCAAGGAAGGCGAAUAAGGAAGGUGCUUUGCAGCCACAGCUCGUGCGCGAAGCUUUCAGACUGCAAGAGGAAGGUAGCUGCCGCUCGCCCGCUUGCUGAAUAGACGCUAGCUGUCGUCUGGAAGAAGAGCCAGUCUUAAAAGCACAGAACUUCAUCUAGAACAUAAACCUGACGAUUGGGGAUAGCAGUAUCAUCAAGUCACUCCAGGACACACAGCUUCCUUGUGCUGCUGCCUACUGCUCUUGCUGCUCUCUGCGGGAACUCUUGCGCUUUCCCUUAGGCUCGGAGAUGCAGAGAAACGCCCUGUGCAAGGCAGAAGCCUGCCACACCAACGGUGUAUGAGAGUGGUGCAAGUGCAUGUUUGCCUAAGUGGCAGGGGUCAGCUGCACAAAUAUGUGUGGUCCUGGCGCACGUUCGCCUCCGUCGGACGCAGUGGAAAAGCUUUGCGCUUGCACCAAGACCAAGAAAGGCAGAAGGCGGGACUGCGGAGCUCGGAGAAGGUACACCGCAAGAGGCGAGCCUCUUUCGGCACAAGCAGCGUUCCAGAGCGCUUGGCAAGCGGCACAACGAACGAUGUGUGCAGGAAGACGCCGGUUGGCGUCCGGGCGCUGGAAAGCGCGAGCGCUGCAUCAAGUCCCGGGAGAGACGCUCUUGCUGCCCCCAGCCUCACGUCCAGGGUGUCUUCCGGCAGAGUGCAGUCCCUGCUUGGCCGGUGGCUGCUUGGUGGCCUCGGUGCUGCUCUAUAUAGUCAGUAUGGCUUCCUGCAGGCCUCCCCACGACCCCCCAGCCCUGGCUCAUGUUGCUGAAUCAAUAAUUCUUCAUGACCCGUCAGCAGAGCAGGGGUCUCACUGUGCGAAAGGGCCUUUUCCCAGUACACUUGGGGUCGGCUUUUGCUCCCAUCUUGGUCCCACACUGCUGCCUUGGAAUCGGAAUGAAUUGUGGAGUAUCCCAAACUGGAAGGGAUACACAAGGAUUAUGUCCAACUCCUGUCCCUGCACAGGACACCCCAGCCAUCCCACUGUAUACCUGAAAACAUUGUCCAAACACACCUUGAUCUCUGCCAGGGCCGGGCCCUGGGGACCCUGUUUCUGUGCCUUCCUUGCCCAGCUCCAGAAGCUCGGGAAGGCUGAUUCCAGGGGAAAGGGCAGCUGGUGUCCAUGGGUGGAUGAAGCAAGCCCUGUGCUGGCAAGAUUGUGCAGGCUCAGAGCCUUAGGCUGCAGCUCAAUGUGUAACACAAGCAGGUUUCCACCCUGUGAGGCCUGCAAAUGGCCCCACAAGAACAGGACAAAGGAAGGGUGUCACAGAAACUGGCCUGGCUUGGGGCUGAAGGAGCUGCAGGGAAUAUUUCCUGGGACAACUCAGCUUCCCCUAACCCUCCACAAGCCAACAUGGCUCCCGAUGCACCAAGUUCUACUCCCACAUAGACUGUGCCUGGCAUUGUUUACUUAUUCAAUUUAUUACUUGAUUCAAUCUCCUGUUGUUUACGUAUUUAUCCCAUUAUGUCUUUGUCCCGAACCUGUCACUGAGUGAAUGCUGAGCCCUGACCUGGCUGGGGGGGUGUGCCGGGGGCAGAACAUGCUCUGGGUACAGGGGAACCCCCCCACUUCUUCUGGCUGCUCAGGAAUCCAGCAGCUGGGAGCUGGCUUGCUGUCACCACCGAGCAGGAGUGUGGGGACCAGCUGGGCUGCGGUGACCUGCUGGCAUUGCCUUACAUGGCUGCAUCCCCGGGACACCGCCAGCUGCGAGGCACUGGGCCUGGCACUGGAGCGUGGUGCAAUUCUGGCCUGGGGGGCUGCCUGCAGCACUUUCAUUGUGCCAGUGAGCUGAUGGCACUCUGUGCUCCCUGUCUCCAGCUCUGCAGUACCAGGUCCCCUCCUGCUCCCAGUCCCAAAUGCCACCUUGUGCUCUCCACCACAUUAACCCCAGUGUGGUGGUAGCUGAUGGAGGUCACUGAAUCCUAUAACACCCUGAGUUGGAAGGGACCCACAAGGACCACGGAGUCAUGCUCCUGGCCCUGCACAGGACACACCAACAAUCCCACCAUGUGUCUGAGAGCACUGUCAAAAUGCUACUGGAGCUCUGGCAACCUUGGGCCUGUGCCCAUUCCCUGGGGAACCUGUUCACUGCCUGAUCACCCUUCGGGGGAAGAACCUUGUCUUAAUAUCCAACGUAAGAAGGCACCGUGUCCCUGGCGACUGCAGAGGUCCCUGGCAGUGUCCCUCUGUGCUGAGCUGGGGGGCGUGAGAGGACAUAUAGGGCACCCGCGCUGGCAUCUCACUCCGUGUCCUGCAAUAACGCCCAGGAAGCACACGGAGAUCCUUCCCAGGUGGAGCCGUUACUGCUCCCCGGGCAGGGGCCGGCUGCAGCCGAGGGCACUGAGAACCGGUCUGACGGCGCCGGGCGGCUCUGCCGGUUCCCGCUCGCACACGGGAUGCUCCGGGAGACGGGUGGAACCGAAACGCCGCGACGGGGCCGGGCUGCGCGGGGCUUGGGGCUCGUCGCCCCUCGAAUAUAGACCCGGAUGCACGGGGUGAAUCUCACAAAUCGGCCCGGGGGGCGAUGGGGACCUGACAAAACCCCGGGCACCCCUGAGCCGUCCCGGCCUGCCGCGCUCCGCCCCGUCC